AUGUCUGCAAAUCCAUUUCAAAUGCAGCUGCUAGAGCAGGCAAGUAGCUUACAGAUAAAGACUUUAGAUGUCAGUGACAAUUUUACUGUCAUAGUUUCUCCUGGAAAUAUAACCAUUACUGCAGAUCCACAAAUUGAAGUUGGAAACUACCUAGUGGGUCAACCCAUUACACUUACGUGCAAUGGCAUGAUUGGAACAUACGACCCAGAAGAAGGGCAAACAUGGCAAUGGUCAUGGCAAUACCAGGAUUAUGAGAGCUACAGCUGGGCACUCUAUCAAAAUCCAAAUGACAUCACCAAGGAGCCACCUUUUAAAGGGACAAGCUCAUGUCAGUACUAUCAGAUCAGCAGACUUACUGUAAACCUGACUCUUGAGGACUCCCAGCGAACAUACAAGUGUAUUGUACAAGCAACCAAUAACCAAGGCUCUUCUGAUGCUCAGUAUACUCUGGGAAUCGUUGCUGACACGGAUUUGUCGUUCCCUACUACGGCAGUGACUUCAACUCCAGGUCCAGAAGCCUCUACAAACAAGUGUUUGCCCUCUAUUGGUGUCAACUCUAAAUGUAAGAUUUUAAAUUUUUUUAUAAGUUAAUAUAAGAUUUAGGCAUAUAGCAUGAGUUAAAUUGUAUCUGUAAAAUGCACAGUUUUACGUGCUAGUAGGCAGGCAGUUUUUUAUUUUACUUUUUUAAAGAAAACAUAGAGGAAGUAUUAUCUCACUGAUCAUAGUUCAUUUAUUGUUCUAUACACCAAAAAAAAAAAUUACAAGUAAAAGCCAA